UUUAAAGAGAAGUCCCAAACUCCUGUAAGAAAAAUAUAGAAUCAGAACCCGUGCAAACUUUAAUAAAAUAUGCAUUACUCAGUUCCCGAUUCGGUCCUGACCGCUAUUGGGGGGGCUCUCGCAACAUCCUCUUUUAAAUUGCGAGUUAUCGUAAUUGUUUCAUUGUAACAGAUUGAGCUUGAAUCUCUACCUCGGGUCAUUUGAGCGCAGGGCCUCUGGUAGAAAGCCUAUAUGCUCUAAAAAUAAUCAUAUAAAAAUGGAUGACGAAAAUGUCACUGAUACGAGUACAUAUCAGAUGCAAAAAUUCUCGUGGAUUGAUUACGUUGUGUUUGUGUUAAUGUUGGCCAUAAGUGCGUUGGUCGGUGUUUAUUGGGGUUUCUUCAAAAAGCAAACCACGCAAAAUGAUUAUCUGCUUGGUGGUAGAAAUAUGAAGGUCAUUCCUGUUUCUAUGUCGCUGGUGGCAAGUUUCGUAUCAGGCAUAACUUUGCUCGGAUCUCCAACAGAAGUUUAUAUGUAUGGAACACAAUAUGGUUACAUAAUGGGAGGCAUAUUUCUCAUGUCCAUUGUUAUGACGCAGGUCUAUCUUCCAGUAUUCCAUGAGCUCAAGAUUACGUCCAAUUAUGAGUACUUAUCGAUGAGAUUUGACAAUCGGGUGCGAUUGUUUGGAUCGAUCCUAUUUGCUUUUACGUUGAUAUGUUGGCUGCCAAUCGUUAUCUAUGUUCCUGCACUUGCUUUUAAUCAAGUAACUGGAGUUGAUAUUCACGUUAUUACUCCAAUCGUUUGCUUAGUUUGCAUAUUCUACACCAGCGCUGGUGGUCUUCAAGCGGUAGUUUGGACGGAUGUAAUCCAAAUAUCAGCCAUGGUUGGCGCGAUGGCACUGGUGGCUAUUAAAGGGACGUUCAACGUUGGUGGUCUGGGAGUGGUAUGGCAACGAAAUAUGGAGAGCGGGAGAAUCGAAGCUCCCAAUUGGGAUCCCAGACCUACAGCGCGGCAUACAAUCUGGAAUUUGAUAUUCGGAGGUCUGGUUUAUUGGUUACAAGCGAAUUCAGUCAAUCAAACCAUGGUACAGCGUUACUUAGCCUUACCCACAUUGAAAGGGGCAAAAUGGGCAGUAUUUUUGUUCUGCAUUGGGAUAUCAAUACUUUACUGUUUCUGUUUGUAUUGUGGACUUCUCAUCUAUGCACGUUUUUAUGACUGCGAUCCAUUACAGACAAGGCUCGCAAAAGCCAAAGAUCAAUUGCUGCCGUUACUAGUUAUGGAUGUUCUGGGUGGCAUACCUGGUCUGCCAGGGGUGUUUAUAGCUGGCAUUUUUAGUGCAGCUCUGAGCUCUCUAUCAACGAGUCUCAAUUCCAUGUCAGCGGUAGUUUUGGAGGAUUUCUACAAGCCAUUCUACAAGAGACGACUGACAGACAGACAGACAAACUGGCUUUUAAAAUCAGUUGUUAUAUUUUUGGGAGCGCUUAGUUUAGGUCUUGUAUUCGUUAUUGAGAAGAUGGGAACUAUUUUGCAAUUAACUAUGACGUUGGAAGCUAUGACAAUGGGACCGCAAUUGGGUGUUUUUUCAAUGGGGAUUUUAAUGCCAUGGGUGGAUUCAACGGGUGCUCUGGUCGGCGGCAUCGUUGGUCUCGCACUCAUGGCUUGGUGGUGCCUCUCGGCUCAGCUGGCCAUCGCUGGAGGCCUCAUAGUCCAUCCACACAAAAAUCUUACCAUUGAAGGAUGUCUGUACAAUUUUACGAAAGCUGACAUUGUUAUUACUCCCAGUGAAAGUGUUGAACUGCAUCCAGUCUUGCACGUAUCCUACAUGUGGUACACCUUCGCCGGAGCUCUAAUGACAAUGUUCGUCGGAGUUCUAGUGUCCAAAGUGAACAGAUGGUGCGGCAAAGCCUACGUGCCGCCCGCGCCCAAGCUGUUAGCGCCACAGAUGAGGAGACUGUACAGAGAACCACCACAUCCGAGGGAUGAACCCUUUAUCAGAGCAUAUGGACAACCUGCCAAUGAAUUCCUCCUCAAUAAACAUGAAGCCGAUAUCGGAGAGCGAAGAAAUAAGUUGAGAAUACUAUUAUUUAUUUUAUUUAUACUUAAGGUAAAAUUAUUAUUUAUUAAGCUAAUUAAAUAUUUAAGUAAUUGUGGAAUAAUGAUUUUUAUUUAAAUAUCGAAUAAUAAU